AUGCGGAAGUUCCUCCAGAUCACGGAAUCGGACCCUGCCAAAUCUGACGUGGUGGGCGACGGCCACUAUUACUUCGCCGUACGGGGAGAGAAUGCUCCCAUGUCCACCGCCCGGCAUAACGACGGACCAGUCGACUUUGGGCCGCCCUUCGACGACGACGAUGCCGACAUCAUCCUUCGCUCCUCCAACAAUGUCGACUUCGCCGUCCGUCGCGUUUGCCUCUCCAAAGCCUCCCCCGUGUUCAAGGCGAUGUUUUCUCCUCAGCAACGCCCCUCCAUCUCUCUCAGCAUCAUCGCGAUCCCUACCUUUGUCCUCCGCCCCUCCGGUACGAAGAGAGGACUUCCUGUCCUCACUUUGACGGAACCAGGCCCGAUUCUCGAAGGCUUGUUGUCUUUGACUCUCCCAGUAUCGCCUGUUCAGCCCACGUCUGUGGAGGAAGCUCGACAAGUUGUCGCUGCAGCGCAUAAGUAUCAGAUGAAAAUUGUGCUGCUGCGGGCUCGAGCAAUUCUACAGACCUUCUUGACGGUCGACACUUGCCUUGAUAUCUUUGUCCUCGCUCACCGUCUGGGACUUCGCGAAGAGAUGAUAAAGGCCGCCCGCCUGAGCCUACCACUCCCUCUUUCGCUCGAGGACCAUGCCUCCGACCCGGGCCUUUCUGCAUUGCAAGAUCUCACGAGGUUUCGCCAAGCGUACGGCUCGGCCGCGAGCAAGACGAUUAGCAGUCCCAAGUUUUUCGAAGCUCCGGCGUUGACUGUAUGGCUAUCCCAACAUAACUGUGAGGCCCCUGAUUAUCAUGGCACGUGCUCCAACACCGACCGAGCUUGGAUGUGGAUCAUCAGCUCUGUAUUGCAAAAGAGGGCACAAGAGGUGUCUCAGUUCCCAGAGCGUUUACAUACGUUACAGUUCAGCCACUAUGUUGCGAACGGGCCCGGAAGAUCUCUGUCAUUUUGCUACGCCAGCUCACCCUGUUUGGUAAUGAGGUACAAGGAGGACUAUAAGUAUAUUGACGCCGAACUAAGUCAGCUCAUUGUGCAGAUUGUGAACGAGGCAGUCCUAGAUAAGAUCGACGUCAAGCUCCUGUUCCCCAGCGUCUGA